CCGGCAAGCAGCUUAAAACAACAACGCGUUUCUUUGGUGCAAUACUGUGUGAAAUGUGUAAAAGUUGUUGUGAAAUAUCGUACCAUUAAGACUAUUUGGUGUCUUUUUUACUAAGCCGACUGAAAUUGGAGUACGUUGUGGGGUUAACAUAGUUUAUUCCUCAAAGCAAUAGGUUGGGGAGUAGCUGAAACUCAUUCUCAUCGUCCACAGCACAAUCCACGCGAUAAGGCAAGCUUAAAAUAUGCUACAAAUCACGAGAGGUGUGCACACCGGUCGUGAACUGCUGGCACAGCGCUGUUCGAAGCUGAUCGACAGUGUUAUCAGAGUGGACCAUGCUGGUGAGCUGGGAGCGAACCAAAUCUACCGUGGACAGAUGGCAGUUCUUGGACAUACCAAGGCGGGCAAAACCAUCCAGCACAUGUGGGAGCAGGAGAAAGCUCACAAGGAAGAAUUUGAUCGGCUAAUCAACAAGUAUCGUGUCCGUCCGACGGCUCUGCUACCGUUCUGGAACGUGGCCGGGUUUGCGCUCGGUGCCGGUACGGCACUGCUCGGCGAAAAGGCCGCCAUGGCGUGUACGGUCGCGGUCGAAUCGGUCAUAGUCGAACACUACAACGACCAGCUGCGCAAGCUGAUGGACGAUCCGACCUUCACCGAUAAGGAGCUGCUCGAUACGAUCCAGCGCUUCCGGGACGAGGAGCAGGAGCAUCACGACACGGGCAUAGAGCACGGUGCGGAACAGGCCCCGUUCUACCGUGCACUGACGGACGUCAUUAAGUUUGGUUGUCGUACAGCGAUCAAGAUUGCGGAAAAGGUUUGAAAUUCAUUCAGCCAUUUUGGUUCCUAAUCCCAAACGACUGUGGUGCAGGCACUUCACCAGUAAGGUUAAAUGUGCGUUUAAAUGUACUUGUUUGUCUUGAUAGCAUAGUUUAACGCAGUGUGAACGUCCCUUCACAAUUCUUUUAUAAUAAACUUAUUGUUGUGUGACCGUCCCUUCCGAAGACGA